AUGUCGACAUACUACUACUACCUGUGCGGGGCAACGUACACACAUGUCGAGUCGAGACCGGGUAACGGGGGGUCGGGCACGUCGGGCAUGCUGCACCACCUGUUCAAGAAGCACCCGCUCAUCCACGCCGAGAUCAUCAGGGCCAACUCGUCCUCCAAGAUGCGGAAGGCAGAAGGUGCGGUAGUCAAAGAGUCCGCCGCGAGCAGCAGCGGCAGCGGCAGCGGCAGCGGAGGCGGCAGCAAAGGACGGCCACAACCUCAUCACCCCUCGUCGUUGGGCUCGGCGUUGGCUCAGCUGAGGGCUUGCUCGCUCCCCGGCGGCGGCGGCAGCGGCGGCGGCGGCAGCGCGCUCCCUUCGCCGCCCAUGUCCGCGGAGGACUGCCUGCCGCACGACCGUCGGUUCGUGCUCAUGUGCGCUCUCCAGACGCUGGACCCGGGCUCCCUGUGCUCGGACCUCGGGCACAGGCUGUUCGUUGGCGGACUGGCCCCCGGCUACGGGGCCGGCCGCCGCCUGGCCCGCCGCCGCAGCGGCCUCGCUCCAAGCGGUAGCAGCUACGCCGCCUCCACCGCUGUCACCGAGGGAGCAAACGGCGCCCGCGCCGCCGGCACAGCCAACGCCAUCCUGCAGGACCUGUGCGCGGGCGUGAGACGAGAGGUGGCGUCGGCGCUGAGGGCCCACAGCGAGUCGUGCCGCCGGUUGGGGUGGUCCGGGCCGUUCGUUGGCCUGCAGGUGGACUCGACGGGCCUGCCGGGGGGAGAGGGCGGCGGCGGCGGCGGCGGCGGCGGCGGCGGUGGGGAAGAGGUUUGCACGGCGUCCGUUUCCUUCGUGUCGGAGGACUUUGGGGGCCUUGUGAGGCUCGCGAUCGGGGCGAGGUGCUUCCGGGGGAGGCAGAUGUCUCACGCCAAGGAGACGUGGAUUCGAGAGCUGACGGCGGACCUCUUCACGAGCAUCUGCCACAAGUCCGAGCCGAAGGACAUCUACCUCGCCGCUACCAUCGGGGGUUGCUCCGGCGGCGGCGGCAGCAGCUUCGGGCGCGCCUUCCAGGACAUGGGUGUCCCCGUCCUCGUGUGCUCGAGCUACCGGCUACACUCGGCCGUGUCCUGCUCUCUGGGCUGCGCCGCCGCCGGGGGCGCUGGCGAAGAUAAAUGCGCGAACGCCAAGAUGAGGGACGUCGUGCGGCGGGCGGUGUCGAUGGUGGAGGUCUUCGAGCACUGGCGGCCCGAGGGAGGCGUGUUCGCGGCGGCCGCCGCCGCUGCCCCUGGGUCGGGUUCCGGUUCAGCAUCCACGCUUGAGACCGUGCGUGUGGAGGUGGAGGAGCUGGCCGCUGCGCUGGCACGGGCUCGAGGGAGCACCACAAGGUGGACAGAUUCCCACGCGCUGUUCGAGCGUCUCCUUCAGCUGGCGGGCCCGCUGAACGCCCACUUCCGACAGGCACCCACCGACCGCUCCCUCCAGCCCUCGGAGUGGCAGGCCAUCCGCGAGACUGCCAGCAUCUUAGAACCCGCCCUUGAGGUGCUCGCAAAGGUCCACGCGAGGGAGGAGGGGGAGUUGGAGGGGGAGACGGAGGGGGAGGAGGGACGCCGAGCAGCGGAAGGAGUCGGCACGUCAGCGGCGGCGGCGGCCUGCAACGGCGGCGACAGAGGGGCGGCCGGGGCGGCGGCCAGGGACAAGAAGAAACCCAGGGGGAUUUUUCUGGCGGAGUCCAUCGAGCUUCACGCCAACCUCCACUGCUCGUUCAUCUACCCCUUGCAGGAUAUCAGAGGAGAUGCGUUGGCGACGGCGGCAACGGGGGAAGGAGUGGCGGCGGCACCCGCGAUGGUUGCCGCCGGCGCCGGCGCCGCGCCGUUCUGCUCCAAGCGGGUAGCAGAGCUGACGCCGGAGGCUCAGGCCCUGCUCGAGGCGGUCGCCGAGGGCAUGGAGGAGAGCGGCCUCGGGCGAGCCCGCGAGGACACGGAGGCGGUGUCGAUGCUCCUGGACCCGCGGUUCAAGCAGUGCUGCGCGAGCACGUGCGUCGACGGGGGCAGCGCGCUCAAGCUCCGCGCCCUCAAGGCGGUCUCGUCCCAGCUGAGGAAGUUCAGGGACCCGGCGAGCGAGGCGGGCGGGGGGCAGGGAGGAGCAGGGGACGGCAGCGGCGGUGCAGCCGCCGCUCGGCAAGAGCCCGGCGCGGCGGCGGCGGCGGCGGGGGGGGCAGCGGUCAGCAGGCUGGACAAGAUGAGGCAGGCGCAGAAGAUGGAGGCGGCGGCGGCCGGAGCGGCGGGGGCGGCGGGGGGACUGGCGCCGCCGCCGGGGGAGAACGGAACCGGCGGAGCCGGCGGCGGGGGCGGCGGCGGCGGGGGGGUCCCCGGCGAGGUGGAUAACCGGCUGUCGGAGGACGCCCGCGCCGAGCUGGAGGAGUAUCUGCUGGAGCCCGCCUCUAAGCGGCACGAACUCUUGUCAUACUGGAGGCUCCACGGGACGGACACCCUGGACUCCGGUACCGGUGAGGUUGUGCUGGCCGCGCGGUGGCCGCACCUGGCCCUGGUCGCCAGGCUGUACGCCGGGAUCGAUUCGACUAGCCGGCAGGGGGAGAGGCACUUCGGCGGCGGGAGCGGGGGCGGUGCCGAGCUCGGCGCUGCCGUGAGGUCGCUGCAGCGGGGCGGCAUGCCGCCGUGGAGGAUCGAGCAGAUGCUGCUCGUCCGGCUUAACCGGCACGUCGUGCCGGAGGUUGUCGAUUUCCUUCGAGGUGGUUGUUAA